CUGCCCCUUCCCCAGUAUGUGCAUUGGGACCUACCGAACGGGAGCACUUCAGAUGUUAACAAGUUGUUGAAAAUGCAGGCAACUCCUUUCCUAAAAAGAAUUCUAAUGCAUCUGGAUGUAGAUGUCCUUGGGGGGUGGGUGAAGAAAAGGAAAACAGCAAAACAGAAGUUGCUCAGAGAAAGAAGAGCUUUUAAUACAGUAGCAUGAAUAGACACUUAUAAGGUAAGAUUUCAAUAUCACACUUAAAAAUACCUAAGUCAAUUAAUACAACUCCAAAUUAAGAUAUGCCAUCAUUAAUGUAUUUUUUUUUUUUUUUGGCAACAAGUGAGUCAAUAUUUAAGUAGAAUCCUGAAUCUAAGGGGUGUGGAGAAGUUCCCCUUUGUAAAGUUACUAGGUUCAAAAUACAUGAAAAGAAGUGGGCAUAUUGCCCAUAGCUGUGGAACAUUCUGGACAUUUAGCAUUCAGUUGAUUGGAACAGAGAGCUCUCCAGUUUAAGACUGGGGUUCAUGCCAAGAUCUUAUCUCCAGAAAGUAAAAGGGACCCAAAAGUUGAAAAGAAAAGCAAAAGAAAAGCCAAACACGCUGCAAUAGGACCCAGUCAGAACGAAUCCAGCACUUCCCACCUUGUCUCCAACAUAGAGGAACACUUGGAACUAGGAUCAACUAUGGUGAUGCCUUCAUCAAAGAAACCUGAAGACACACUCACCAAAUCACCUGACAUCGUAACAACACAGUCGUUUCAGGAAGAGCAUAAACUUCCAGAACUUUCAACAGCCAACAGGUGCCCAGUUGUAAGUGAACCACAGACUCCUCAGGGGCUUCCAAUGACAGGCUACAGCAGCCUCCAGACUCCCCUGGAGCCUCCAGAAACAUCACACAUCAUAUUAACAACAUCCCAGGGUCCUUCAGCACCAUUUUCCACCAGCGAUCGGACUUCUCAGGUGUCUCCAGUGAUGGCCUCCAGCAGCAUCCGCACCUCUCAGGUAACUUCAUUGGUUUCUUGUAGUCAUCAAGGUCCCCUGAAGUAUCAAAAAACAGUGCCUAAAACUGUCCCAGUCUUUCAAGAAAGCCCAGCAACAGCGACCAGGGUUGUCCAGACCUCUUGGAUGCCUAAAGCAACAGUGCACAGCAGCGACCAGGCCUCUCAAGUUACUCCAGCAACAAUGACCAGUGGUUGUAAUAGUCUUCUGAUGUCUGCAGCAGCACUAUCUGGCAGUUACAAUACUCCUCAGCUCACCCCAGCAACAGUGCACAGCAGCAACCAGGCCUCUCAGGUGACUCCAGCAACAGUGUCCAGCAGUGUCCAGGCCUUUCUGGCAACAACAACCAGUGGUGAUAAUAGGCCUCAUGUGUCUGCUGCAAAAGUAUCUGACAGUUACAGUACCCCUCGGGUCACCCCAGCAGCAGAACCCAGGAGAGUCCAGGCCUCUCAAGUGAUGCCAGCAACAACAACCAGUGGUUACAAUAGCCAUCAAGUGUCUGCAGCAACAGGAUCUGGCAGUUAUAAUACCUCUCAGGUCACUCCAACAUCAAUGCCUAGCAGCUUUAAUCCUCCUCCACAGUCUCCAGCAUCAUGGCCCAGCAACUCUAGUAUGCAACAGGUGUCUUUGGCAACAACAUCCAGAAGUUCCUCUGCUAGUUUGGUGUCUCCAGCAACACCAUUCAAGAAACCAAGACUGAAGAACGUACCUAAGCAGCCUUCUCAGGAAGAUGGUCCCCAAGAAGGUCCCAAACAAGUGAUGGUAUUAAAGGCAACAGAACUAUUUACAUAUGACAUGAGAGAAAAUAAAAUGAUGUUUCAUGCCACAGUGGCCACUGAGACUGAAUUCUUCAGAGUGAAGGUUUUUGUCGUAAUCCUAAAGAAGAAGUUCAUCCCCAACAACGUCAUUGUCAUCUCAGAUUACACUGGCCACAAUGGUUUUCUAGAAAUAUACAGAGCCUCCAGCGUAUCUGAUGUGAAAGGCACCAAUAUGAUGGAUAUUCCAGUUUCCCUGAGACAAAGAGCCAAUGCAACACCUAAAAUCAAUACUAUUUGUUCACAAAGAGUGGGGACAUUUGUGAAUGGAGUGUUUUCCGUGUAUGCGAAAAUAGUGAACGAUGAAUUCAUUUACUACGGAAUAGAAGACAACACAGGGAAGAUGGAAGUGGUGGUACACGGACAAUUUACCAAUAUGUACUGUGAGCCAGGAGACAAGCUUAGACUCUUCUGCUUUGAGUUGAGCUCAUGUGUGGAUACGUGGCAGCUGAGAUCUGGGAGGCACAGUUACUUGCAGGACCACAAGUCAAACAUUCCUAACGCCCUCCCAAACACCUGCAUCAGGCAUGCCCUCUGUGCCUUCCUCCUAACCAACUGUGCACCGAUGUCUUCCACUCAAUUCCUGCCUUCGAUCCUGCGAUUUCUCCUUCCCUACCAUUGCUCCACCAUAUUGCCUGCUCUUCUAUCUGUGCUCAGGCCUGGCAGGGUGCAACUAGCUCAUUUUACGCUCUCAAGAAGUGGGAGCCAAGUUGAUUCAAAGGAUAGAGAUUCGAUAAAGGAGUUAGGUAAAGAAAGAUAAGUGAUUCAUAGGGGCAGUGUGAAUAAAGAGGAGUGUGACCAGCUUCAUCUCAGCUAACCUGAUUUCAUCCUUGUCU